AUGACGAUUAGUCGUGCCCUUCUCGGAGUUUUCCAGCCUCUGAGACUGGCACGCGCACCAAAAAUCGCACUUCUAUCGCACCAGUCACGCCUGCUCUGGUCUUCCAAGACGAAGAUUCCCAUUUCGCAAUGUAGUUGGCGCGGUGCUUCUCCGUGGUGUCGCGCUUUCUCGACCACAAAACCGGGACUCUCGGAGAUUAAAAAUCCCACAUCAGACGCCAGUAACGAUGCGACUGACGCUGCCGCAUCGCCAGUUGGACGCCAGUCGGAUGAACCAGUAGAAGACAACGCCGCAACGUCCGCCGAGGGUCAUGAAGGCGAGAGCGAUGGCAACCCAGGGAAAGACGGUAGUGAUGGAACCAGCGCCGAAAAAGAUACAGUGUCCCCAUUCCCGCUGGGCAUUGUAGGGUGCGCCUCCUUGGUGCUUGCGGGAUACUUCCUAUCCCACUUUCGAGAAAAGGACGAGAGUGUUCUGGCCACGCUGGAGCGCGCCUUUGAAUACAUGGUGGAGCGUUUCAACGAAUUCUUCCCGAGCGAAGACGGCCCUUUAUUACCGGAUGUGAAACUGCUUAACUAUCCACCAAACCUCCCGACUCUUGUCGUCGACCUGGACAAGGUGGUGGCCAAGCUUGAGUACGACCGUCGCACCGGGUGGCAGGUGAAGAAGCGUCCGUACGCGGACCGUUUCUUCCGCGAGUUGAUCAACUACUACGAGAUCGUGCUGUGGUCCGAUGACGCAUACCCUGUCGCUACGGACGUUGCCAAUCGUUGGGGUCUCCCCGUCAUCGGUUGCAUUCACCGGGACCGCUGCACCAAGUUCAAAGGGUCGUACAUUAAGGACCUGAGCAAGCUUGGCCGUGACCUACGCCGCGUGAUCCUGCUCGACCACGACCGUGUGGCCUGCAUGAUGCAGGAGGGGAACGCUAUUUUGAUCCGUGAAUUUGACGGCGACGAAAAUGACCGCGAGCUGCUCCACCUGAUCGGGCUGCUGAAGACGAUCGCAAUAAACCCCACGGACGUGACACGCCAGCUGAGCCAGUUAGGUGGUGGGAUGGAUACCGAUCUGGGUCGACGCUUCGCAGAGAAAAGCCAGCAAGACAGCGAACGCGCCAAGACACGGCAAGGCAUCUCUAAGCUCCUGGGGUUCAAGCACUAUUAA